CUGCUUCCAGCCGCCGCGGACAUGGCGGAGCCGCGGGACGCAGCGGUUUCUUCACUGCCAGCAGCUACAGAACCUGCCCGACUCCAUCGCAAGAAAGCACCGGAGUUACCAGUCCUAGAGAGGAGAAACUGGUUGAUCUAUCUGCUGUAUGUUCUCAAAGACUACACGGAGUGUAAGGCUGUCAUCAAGGAGCAGCUCCAGGAGUCCUACGGGCUGUGUGAAUAUGCAGUCUACGUUCAAGCUUUGAUAUUUCGUUUGGAAGGAAAAAUUCAGGAAUCUCUUGAACUUUUUCAGACAUGUUCCAUUCUGAACCCUCGAAGUGCUGACAACCUCAAGCAGGUGGCACGAUCUCUGUUUCUUUUAGGGAAGCACAAGGCAGCCAUUGAAGUAUACAACGAGGCAGCUAAGCUCGAUGAAAAGGACUGGGAGAUCAGCCACAACCUGGGUGUGUGCUACAUGUACUUGAAACACUUCAACAAGGCACAAGACCAGCUAAACAAUGCCCUGGAGCUCAACAGACAUGAUCUGACUUACAUGAUGCUGGGGAAAAUUCACCUACUGGAGGGAGAGAUGGACAAAGCCAUUGAAGUCUAUAAGAAAGCUGUAGAGUUUUCUCCAGAAAACACAGACCUCCUUACGACACUGGGGUUGCUGUACUUGCAGCUUGGGGAUUACAAGAAGGCUUUUGAACACCUUGGAAACGCGCUUAGUUAUGACCCAACCAACUACAAGGCUACCUUGGCAGCUGGCAGCAUGAUGCAGGUCCAUGGAGAUUUUGAUGUUGCCCUCUCAAAAUACAAGGUGGUAGCCAGUACUGUGCCAGAAAGCCCUCCACUUUGGAACAACAUCGGGAUGUGCUUCUUCGGGAAGAAGAAAUAUGUGGCAGCUAUCAGUUGCCUGAAGAGGGCAAACUACUUGGCUCCCUUUGACUGGAAGAUCUUGUACAAUCUGGGGUUAGUCCACCUCACCAUGCAGCAGUAUGCCUCUGCUUUCCACUUCCUCAGCGCUGCCAUCAACUUCCAGCCCAAGAUGGGGGAGCUGUUCAUGCUCCUCGCAGUUGCUCUGACAAACCUUGAAGACAUUGAGAAUGCAAAACGUUCCUACAAGCAAGCUGUGGCACUGGACAGGUGCAACCCCCUGGUCAACCUGAACUAUGCCAUCCUGCUGUAUAAUCAGGGGGACAAGAAGGGAGCCCUCUGCCAGUACCAGGAGAUGGAGAAGAAGGUUAAUGUGGUAAAGGAGAGCAGUACCCUUGACUUUGACCCUGAGAUGGUGGAGGUUGCCCAGAAGAUGGGAGCUGCCCUGCAGGUUGGGGAGAGCCUGGUCUGGACUAAGCCUUCUAAAGAGUCUAAAGCCAAGCAGCGAGCAGCUCCCUCAGGGAAAUCCUCCAGCACUCAGCAGCCUUUGGGCUCCAACCAGGCCCUGGGUCAAGCCAUGUCCUCGGCUGCAGGGUAUGGGAAAGCCAUGCAGCUUCCCCCAGGUGCUGGAGCAUCAGCAAAGUCUCCCUCACUCCCUGUGGAGCCAGAACAAGGCCAGGACACCAGCCCUGAGGAGACCUUGGCUGCUGCAGAUGCUGAAGAACAGAGCGAAGAAAAGUGCAAGAGCCAGCAGGCAGAUGACUAGGAUGGACUCUGGUGGUGACAGGCAGGUACAGGGGCUGCCUGCUGACCUCUGGAGUAAGGGACCUGUCCUCUCCCCUGACCCAUGGGUUGACUUCAGCCCACUGUCAGUUAGUCUCGGUGCAGCUGUUUUCUGUUCAUGAGUUUAGCAUGUGGUCUCUUCCUUGUCCCAAGGAGUCAUUGCAGCAAGCAGAAGACUUUCCUGCAUAGCUUCUGUUAGUGUGGUCACAGCUUACUGCUACAGGAGACUGGAGGAUGGAGAUCCAUCUCUCCACAGUGUUGGUUGUCUUCAGCUUUUGGGUCUAAGUGUUCAAGAAGGAUGCUGAGGUAUAUCCAAUAUGUUUAGAAAAGCCAGCAGUGACUUAGCAUCCUGGACCCCAAAGAGGGUCACACUCUUCAGUGGCUGUACUUGUAUGUGACUGGGGAGUAAGGUCAGAGUAAAGCUGGAGUGAGGUCAGCUGUAAUAUGCACAGAGAAGGGGAGAAGUAGAGGAGCAGAAAGCCAGGCUUGGGGCCUGGAGUGAAGGGCUUGUUGCUCCCGAUUUCACAAGGGCACUCCUUGGUAAAAGCUUUCUCAAGGCUGGAAGGAGGAAGCUGGAGCAGCAAGGAGCUACUGUCCCCAAGCAGGGCACUGUCAUGUCACAAGGAGACUGGCUGUUCUGGAAGUGGGGUAGCUACAGCAGCAAAAAAGUCUGCCAAAUGCCUAAUUGUUUGCUGAGAAACAGAGAAAGUGAAGCUGGUGAAGCUCUGUGUCCAUGUGAUCUGACUUCUUCAUGGAUAAUUUAUAUUGCCCAGCAUGGGGGGAGAUUUGAUUGCAGGGGAAAAAAACAAACCAAACCAAAGAGCAGAGCUUCUCGGAACAGAGAAUAUGGUCAGCUUCAGUGUGAAACUGAAAUUGUUUUACAAUGACAGAAGCCAUGCUCUGAAUAAUUUAGUUGUGCCCUGCUUGUAAUUGCAUUUUAGGAGAAAUCAUUCAUGUUAGCUGCAAGGUGGCAAAGCAGCCCAUUGGUGAGCAGAGCAAGGAAUUUUAAUGGUCAUGUGAUACUCAAAGCUUUGAAAAUGUUUCUGUCCUUGAACAGUAAAUUCUGAGCCUUCCUUUUCUUUGCUACUGUCAGUUUGUUCCUCUGGUUCCUGCUUUUAGUUCUGCACUGUUGUGUUAUAUCACUCCAUAAUUAACAAGUCCAACAGAGCAGGGUCAGUAGUGGAAACUUGUCUGUAGCAAGGAGGUAAAAGCAGCAUGACCAGGGCUCUGGAUACAUAAACAUCCUUCAGCUGUGCUUUGUGGUUAGCUGCUGUUAUCCAGAAUGACAUUAAUGCAUCCUUAGAGCACAACCUGUAAUGAAAGUGCUGUCCUGCUCCCUGGAGAACACUGAGCAAGUAGGAACCCUUCAUUUUCCCUCUGCUUUGCUUGCCAAAACUGCCUGCUUUUCUCAAAUGUGGCUCUUUUUUUUUUCCAGUUGUCCUCUGCUGACACGUUUUGUGUAGGUGCAGCUCCAGGGUAGCGCUCCUGUGAGGUUUCCCUCAUGCCAGGAGUUGAAGAAAACAGAAUCUUUUUUUGAGCACUGGUACAUGUCAACAAACCAGACAAGAAGCAGUGUAAAUCAGGUACAGUGCAGCCAUUUUUAUUCACAUUAAACUUUUGACACUGAAAGUUAUUGCAGUGUUAACAGAGUGGCUGUGGAGGUUUGAGAUUGCUGAGCAAGGGUAGGCCAGGUGUGGGAAUGCUUUACACUCCUCCCCAAACUGCAGUUCAAGACAAUAACAAUUGAUUGCUGUGAUAUUUUAGUCAUACCACAAAGGCUUUCAUGCCUUUCAUGAUAUGUUCCUUUCAGUCCAAGGAACAAUGACCAGGACAGUGUGGUUACACCAUCUUUGCUGAUCGAGGAAGGUUUUUCCGUCUAUAUGCUCAUGACCCUUUGUUUUGAUAUUACUCCUUGCUUUCCCCUGCCUUCUGCUUGUUGUAAAAAAGAAAGUGAGCUUAAGACUGUAGCAUUUUGAAACUCUUUUGCUAUAUUUAAUAGCUGGGAGCAGCCCUGGUCCUGUUGCUGUUCUCAGCUCAGAGCCCACCAGGGACAAAGAUGUGUCUCCUCCUCUCAUGCAGUCCUUAUUACCUUCCUGGUGUGGGGAUGCUUUUAGAGGGUAAAUGGUACACAUUAGGGUACAUUUGGAGGAAAGGUAUUUAAAAUACAUAUAUAUUGGUGAAAAGCUUAUGCAGCCACUUAAGGGGUUCUAUGAAGAGAUGUGGUAGCACCUUGAGACUUUUUGGAUUGGAACAGAGCAAAAGGGAGUUUCAUCUCUAAGGAAGUGUUUUUCAAUAUGAAAUUACAUUAGGAUAAUAAAUAGAACUGCAA